AUGAACGAACCCACACACAUUCAUCCUGCUCUGUCUGCUGCCUGCCCCUGGCUGGGUUUCACAUAUCCCCCCUCCCUCCAACCCCUGGUCCCUUGGGCUACCCUGCCUAGUCAGUUCCUCACUGCGGGAGUACGAUACAUACUGAGUUGGUGUAGUAUGCACCUCCGGAAUAGGAGGUGAAUGCGCUAUAUGGUCAUCGCUGUUCACUCAUCAGGGAACUCAACUGUAGCCUUCAUGAAUGCCAAGUGCUCCCCCAUCAUCCCUUUCUGAGGGAACAGUUUUAGGUCUCUGCUAUAGGGUGUGUCCCAGGGUCCCCUUUGGAAAAGUCUUUCAUUAGCUGUCUUGCUGUCAGUUUGAGUAUGUCAGGGUGCGCACAGGGAGACCCUCUAAAGGGCUCUACACAAACAUAGCCGAGGUAGGUCUGUUUGCAUCACUCUAUGUAGUUCUACGUACAUUUGUGCAGCUGAAUUUCUGGAACUUCAGGUCAACUGACCUCCGUUUGCAUAGACUGUGGAGAGCCCUUUAUAGCCCCAGAGUGUCAACUCAAUCUCACUCUCAGUUUCUGACCUUAAUCAACCAGCACCUCCUUUUUAGAGACGUUGCCAUUUUCCUUCCAACUCCCCCACCGUUCUGAGCUCUGAGGGUGUGGUAGCAUCAGUGGAAAAUGUCUAUUUCAACGUUUCUCUUAGGUUUUCUAUUCCACCUGUCCAUUUUCCCCCUGUAGCUCAGUUGGUAGAGCAUGGCGCUUGCAACACCAGGGUUGUGGGUUUGUUUCCCACGGGGGGCCAGUAUGAAAAAUGUAUGCACUCACUAACUGUAAGUCACUCUGGAUAAGAGCGUCUGCUAAAUGACUAAAAUGUAAAUGUUUAUGUCUAGUGUGCUUUUCUCCUCUGCCUUAGUCAGUGUUUGUGUUUUGGCUUCUUUCACCUGACAGAAGUGGUAUUUCACUUCUUAGAAAAACACUGACUCAGCAUGACUCUGGGCUUUUCCCCACUGCUCUUUGUGUGGCAGGACAGUCUGUUUACUGUUACUUUAAGAGUGAACGGCCAAUAGGUGAAACCCAACAUAUUCUAUCAGGACAAUAGUAGGGAUGGACGGGAAAACAUUUAGUUACAUAUCGCAAUAUUAUUUUGGACAAUAUUAUAUUGAUACUUUGACUCUACAUAUCGAUUUGUGUAAAAAAACAAAAAACAAAGCUAGAUAGCUUUAACUAUCAAUCAGGGUGUUUUCUGCAUAGAAAAGUAUUGGAGGGCCGCCUAUGUCCAAACAGUAAAAAAAAAGAAGCUAUCGCCAAAAUAAAAGCUUGACCGUCAGGGAGAAUCUAAAAGUCAAAAAAUGAUGCAUUCGGGAGUAUUUUUGUCAUGGCGCGGGGCCUCCAUUGAUUUUGUUAUGUUAGUCACUCAGAUAGCACAAGCCAUGGCAAAAUGUGUAGAAUUGCAGGACAUUUGCUUAAAAAAAAUAUACUACGUUUUGUCACUGCGGCCAAAUGAGGGCCUUUAAUUUUCAAUCAGCGACUGCUCCAUUGGCCACAGCUUCACCCCACCCACCACCUAAGCACCAUUUUUUAUCAAGAAAAAAACCAGUCUAACCCUAGUCGGCUGUACCUGUGCCAAAACUCCAGUAUUUUUCAUCCUAUAGCUUGUUCUCCAUCUUUUUAAAUAGUAAGCCAACAUCUUUUCAACACUUUUUUUUUCUUUCCAUGACUGAUCAAAACUAAUUUUCUCUUGCUCUCGUCUGCAGCAGACAUAUUGUGAGCAAUAGGUAUGUUUGGAACAUCAGCUCGCAAUAAAAUCGCAGUAUCGAAUCGCAAUAGCCUACAUAUAGAUAAUAGUGAAGACAUCAAAACUAUGAAAUAACACAUGGAAUCAUGUAGUAACCAAGAAAGUGUUAAACAAAUCAAAAUAUAUUUUAUAUUGAAGAUUCUUCAAAGUAUCCACCCUUUGCCUUGAUGACAGCUUUGCACACUUGGCAUUCUCUCAACCAGCUUCAUGAGGUAGUCACCUGGAAUGCAUUUCAAUUAACAGGUGUGCCUUGAUAAAAGUUUAUUUGUGGAAUUUCUUUCCUUAAUGCGUUUGAGCCAAUCAGUUGUGUUGUGACAAGGUAGGGGUGGUAUACAGAAGAUAGCCCUAUUUGGUAAAAUACCAACUCCAUAAUAUGGCAAGAACAGCUCAAAUAAGCAAAGAGAAACGACAGUCCAUACGGAACAUUUCAAGAACUUUGAAAGUUUCUUCAAGUGCAGUCGCUAAAACCAUCAAGCGCUAUGAUGAAACUGGCUCUCAUGAGGACCGCCACAGGAAAGGAAGACCCAGAGUUACCUCUGCUGCAGAGGAUAAGUUCAUUAUAGUUCACUGCACUUCAGAUUGCAGGCCAAAUAAAUGCUUCACAGAGUUCAAGUAACAGACACAUCUCAACAUCAACUGUUCAGAGGGGACUGCGUGAAUCAGGCCUUCAUGGUUGAAUUGCUGCAAAGAAACCACUACUAAAGGACACCGAUAAGACGAAGAGACUUGCUUGGGCCAAGAAACACGAGCAAUGGACUGUGUCUUUGUGACGCAGAGUAGGUGAACGGAUGAUCUCCGUGUGUGUGGUUCCCACCGUGAAGCAUGGAGGUGUGGGGGUGCUUUGCUGGUGACAGUCUGAUGUAUUUAGAAUUCAAGGCACACUUAACCAGCAUGGCUACCACAGCAUCCUGCAGCAAUACGCCAUCCCAUCUGGUUUGCGCUUAGUGGGACUAUCAUUUGUUUUUCAACAGGACAAUGACCCAACACACUUCCAGGCUGUGUAAGGGCUAUUUGACCAAAAAGGAGAGUGAUGGAGUGCUGCAUCAGAUGACCUGGCCUCCACAAUCCCCCGACCUCAACCCAAUUUGAGAUGGUUUGGAUGAGUCAGACGGCAGAGUGAAGGAAAAGCAGCCAACAAGUGCUAAGCAUAUGUGGGAACUCCUUCAAGAUGGUUGGAAAAGCAUUCCAGGUGAAGCUGGUUGAGAGAAUGCCAAGAGUGUGCAAAGCUGUCAAGGCAAAGGGUGGCUAUUUUGAAGAAUCUAAAAUAUAUUUUGAUUGGUUUAACACUUUUUUGGUUACUACAUGAUUCUAUGUUAUUUCAUAGUUUUGAUGUCUUCACUAUUAUUCUACAAUGUAGAAGAUGGUCAAAAUAAAGAAAAACCCUUGAAUGAGUAUGUGUGUCCAAACUUUUGACUGUUGCUGUAUAAUCGCAAUAUCGUAUCGGCACCUAAAUAUUGUGAGGUCCUGGCAAUUCCCAGCCCUAGACAAUAUGCCUGUCUCCUGGGGAAUAGGAUUGUGUCCCCUGUGUACCAAACCAUUGUCUCUGUCAUCUCAGUUAUGAGUCCAAUCUUACCUUUUUUUCUUUCUCUCUCUUUCUGACAGGUUGAUCAGAGGACAGACGACCACCACGUUGGCACACCACAGAGCCCUGCUCCCGUUCCUGGGACUAAACACAGUUCAAAGUGUGAGUGCUGAUCAACAAAGCCUAAACACAUUCUCUAGUCCAUCGCUGAUUCUCUCUUCACCUCCUCCACCCUGUUCUUCCUCCUCUCAGAUUUCUGUACAGGUCCGAGUGCGCCCAUGCAGAACCACAUGAAAUGAAUAAAGCACCACAGCCUAUAACAGGAUCCCCCUCUGUCCCCCACCCAGCGUCCUCCCCCGGACUCCAACUAGUAAGGGGAAUCUACUGUCUGUUUUGAUUGGAGCUUCAAUCUUCUCUCAUGGUUUGUCCAAUCAGUAACCAUAUUGUUGAUCAGUCUCUCCCCUCAUUUCCUCUCCCUUUCACAGCCCACUUUCCCUCCUGGACAGCCCCCAUCUGUUGUCUUUGCCACCCCACCUCCACAAAUGAACCCAGCGCCACAGCCCCGACAGGUACUCCCUCCGUCACCCCACAGCUUCAACUCUGACGUUACUUAUUAUUUCAACUGUCAGAUGUUUGUCCCUAGUGAAGUAUCUUAAUCCAUUGGUAGGAAUAUAGAUCCUGCUACAUGUCAACUCUCACUCUUUCCUACAAAUAAGCUCUCCUGUUGAUUCCAUCUCAUACUGUUUUAGCGCUCAGUGGGUGUACGUUCCACACUCCAACCUGUCAACGUUACUGCUGGAAGGAAAAAUAAUUCUGUCAGAUCUCAGAUGAGACCUGUAUUGUGUUCUGAGUCCUCUUGUUGAUCCCAGUGCCAUGCCUGCCUAUCUGUGUGUGUGUGUGUCUAUGGAGGAAGGUUGUAUCCGCUGCUCUCCAGCUGGUGUCCUAUGUGGGUUUAACCUCUGAACUGUCUUGCCCUCCUUUUCUAGUUGUGCCCCGUGCUUUACACCAACAGGUACUAACAGCCUAACCAGGGAUUUGGGUAUGCUCGGUUGGAAUUAUGGGCAGUGUAGAGUUCUCUCUUCACUUGCACUUCCUGUCUUACUAAACUGUUUCUGACCACUGAAUGUUGUAAAACCUACAGUCAUGUUUAUUACGGGAGGCUAAGAGAUUGAAUCUGCUGUAGAAUCCUAUUCAGAAAGUAUUCUGGGAUGUCUUGACUCUGAGAUCCGCCUUCAUUGGGAACUUGUCAUGUUCACACACACACACACCAGGGUUUCCGUUAGCUGGUAAUGGCAGGCUUUUGUCCGAUUUAUAAAAAAAUAAAAAUAAAAAAUAGUAGAAAGCUGAUAAAUGAAAUUGGCUCUGGUCAGUUGUCCAGGAGUAGAAUGUAAAAAUAAAAACAACGUGAGAAUCAUUGCUACAUAUUGCUUUUUAGCCUAUUGAUUGAUGUAAAUACUGUACCAGUCAAUGGGAAAUACAUUUGACUGGUCAUGCUUAUCGUCUACAGGUUAUUUUCCAUAAUUUAGUGGAAUUCAGUUACAGUUCAUUUAAGGAAAUCGGUCAAUUAAAAUUCAUUACGCCCUAAUCUAUGGAUUUCACAUGACUGGUGAGCAUUUGCCUACUGAAGUCUGUUACGAUGCCGAACUGCAGUCAGGCCAAGACCCUGGUGAGGACGACGAGCAGGCAGAUGGAGUUUCCCUGAGACGUUUUCUGACCGUAUGUGCAGAAAUUCUUUGGUUGUGCAAACCCACAGUUUUCACCAGCUGUCCGGGUGGCUGGUCUCAGACGAUCCCGCAGGUGAAGAAGCCGGAUGUGGAGGUCCUGGGCUGGCGUGGUUACACAUGGUCUGCGGUUGUGAGGCUGGUUGGGCGUACUGCCAAAUUCUCUAAAACGAUGUUCCUGCAGUCAGCAUGCCAAUAUAACGCUGCCUCAACUUGAGACAUCUGUGGCAUUGUGUGUGACACAACUGCACAUUUUGAAUGGCCUUUUAUUGUCCCCAGCACAAGGUACACCUGUGUAAUGAUCGUGCUGUUUAAUCAGCUUCUUGAUAUGCCACACCUGUUAGGUGGAUGGAUUAUCUUGGCAAAGGAGAAAUGCUCACUAACAGGGAUGUAAACACAUUUAUGCCCCAAAUUUAAGAGAAAUAAGCUUUUUGUGCAUAUGGAAAGUGGCUGGGAUCUUUUAUUCCAGCUAAUGAAACAUGGGACCAACACUUUACAUGUUUAUAUUUUUGUUCAGUAUAUUAUGAGGCAUGUCUUACCUUACUUCAAAGUAGGCUAUUAGAUCUACUCUUUCUAACUGAUAUUUUCAUCUGUCACAUGAAACUGCUUGCAUGUGUGGUCCUCUGUAGCUCAGCUGGUAGAGCACGGCGCUUGUAACGCCAAGGUAGUGGGUUCCAUCCCCGGGACCACCCAUACACAAAAAUGUAUGCACGCAUGACUGUAAGUCGCUUUGGAUAAAAGCGUCUGCUAAAUGGCAUAUUAUAUUAUUAUGUGUAGUGCCCUGUUUUCUGACUAACUGCAUUAUGGAACGAACCGUGUAGACUACUGCCUUGUGCUCAUUGCUGCUAUUAUAAUGUGAAGAAAUAAUAGUUUAUCAACAUUUUAUGCGAAACGUUCUGAUCUGUUGCAUCAGACCCAUUUAAUUUAAUUUUUCUCCCCAAUUUCGUGAUGUGCAAUUGGUAGUCCCAUCGCUGCAACUCCCCUACGGACUCGGGAGAGGCGACGGUCGAGAGCCGUGCGUCCUCCGAAACACGACCCUGCCAAGCCGCACUGCUUCUUGACACACUGCUCGCUUAACCCGGAAGCCAGCCACACCAAUGUCGGAGGAAACACAGAACAACUGGCGACCGUGUCAGCGUGCAUGUGCUCGGCCCGCCACAGGAGUUGCUAGAGCGCGAUGGGACAAGGACAUCCCCUAACCCGGACAACGCUGGGCCAAUUGUGCGCCGCCUCAUGGGUCUCCUGGUCGCGGCCGGCUGCGACACAGUUCAGGAUCGAACCCAGGUCUGUAGUGACGCCUCAAGCACUGCGAUGCAGUGCCUUAGACCGCUGCGCCACUCGGGAGGCCCCGACCCAUUUCUUUCUAAAAAAUUAAAUAAAUAUGUGUCCUGCUGGUUGUAUGAAUUUGGGAUCUAUCGUCCCACAACUCCCAGAGUCUGUCUGGAACAGGCUAUUUAUUUCGCUACAAGCUGACCAAUAGAAUAGGUAGCCUGAACGUUUCUACUAUAGCAGAUUGACAUAGGCAAGUAAUUUAGCUGUUCGUUACUCAUCUUGUUGGCUGAGGAGAAGUUAAUGUGGACAGUUGUUCUAACAUGUUCAAAGUGCACAUCAGAAUUUGGUAAGAAGGACCGCACAUUGUUGCAUGUUCUGUUAACAUGAGUUACCGUAAUCUAAAUGUGAUUUUUCAUUCUAAGCAAUGUGGAUGGACGCCCUAAUUCUAAAAUGUCCGGUAAAUUAAAAUGUUGCCGGCGCCACAUUUUCCUAACGGAAACCCUGACACGCCACUCACACAGACUCUGUGCUCCGCAUUAGCUUUGCGCAUGGACAGUCACUCACACACCUGCAUUUUUAAUGGACUAGGGAUGUGUUCUGCAUUUAUGCAUGCUGCUUGUUAAUUCACUGCUGGGGUGGUGGGGGUAGGUUCUCUGCUUUCUGUCAAUUUAACUGACUGCCGCUCUCACCCCUCUUGCUUCCUUGUGUGUGUGUUUGUGUGUGUUCAUGUGGUGUCUGUGUGAUGUGCUGCUGAAGGGAGGAUUCAGGUCACUGCAGGUAACACUUAGACUCCUGGAAAAAUAGGUCUGUCUGAAGUUGUUCCUGCCUGUGGUCCUGGCGUCAUUCUUUUGGCUUCAGUUUUGCUUAAAGAGACUCAUCUGAAUGUAAAUGAAGCAACACAGAACAUUCUAGUAUUAUUCGGUUUUUAGCGGUUUGGAUUCUGCCUUUAUGAACAGGCUGUUAGUGUCAGAACAUACUGUUGAAAUUGUUUUGGUUAUAACUGCCAUAAGUAAUGUCAAAGGGAAAUAUAAUAGCCCUUUCAAAGUUGGGUUGAAUUUUAUUGUUGAACGUUCUUUACAAAAGAGGAGACUUAUGGACAUGUGACACUUCCAUGACAUUCCUCCUCUCCUCCGCUCCCCUCUCUCCAGCCAUACUACAGCCGGCCCAGCAAUGCCCCCCUGGUGCCCCCGAACAGCACGCCGAGGACCGUGGCACCCACGCACGUCUACCAGCCAGGCCAACAGAUGAUGAUAAUCCCCUCACAGCAGAUCCCCUUCCCCAACCAACAAGGCCCCGCCUACUUCAUACCCGGACAGGUUAACACACACCCGCCCCUUCCUACAGGGUGCUCCAUCUUUACUAGGGGCCACUUUCUCAUUCUCUUUACUCAGAAAUUCACUACACCUUUUGGGGCUGUUCUAUUGGUUCCUUUGUGCCAUGCAAGCUCAAUCAAGCAUAGCUAUGGUAUUUGGAAAUGAAGGAAAUGCUAUUUCUGGUCUGGUAGCAACUAACAAGGGAGUCCCCCUCCCCGUCUGUGAGGGAGGUCCCACAUGGAGUGGUCUGCCUCCCCCCGGUGACCCCCUGGCUCAGGGACAGAUUCUGCUGAGUCUGGCCUCCGCUUUAUGGGGCUCUAUGGAGCCAGUGCUGGGACAAAAGCCCCUUUCCCCUCCCCCUGGCCAUGGCCAGGCGAUCAGCUGACCCUCCAGUCUCUUCCUGAUUGUGCAGCGCUUAAAAACACCAAAGAGAGAGAGCGGGAUGGGUGUUACUGUGUGUUCGAGGGUGGUUGAGAGGUGUAAGUUAGAUAUUAAGAGAGGUAGGCCUGCCACAGCUUGUUGGCCAUCAAAACCACACUAAAGUGUGUGUGUGGGACAAAGAAAGGUAGAGGUGUGUGUGUGUGUGUGUGUUGAAUUAGUUAAAUCAAGUACUAGUUGGCAUGCUGUCUUAGCAACCUUUCCAUCUUUUGUAGUUUAACAUUUAUUUUUUAGUAGAGCUUUAGCUUGCCUUGAAUACUCUGGGCUUGGGGAACAUUCUACAAUGUACGUUUAGAUGAUCUUAUAUCUAAACCAUUCUGACAUGUCUCUCCCUCAGUACCGGUCAACGUACGUGGCCACCCCUCAGCAGUACCCGGUCCCGCCGGGCACCCCAGGCUUCUACCCAGGCACCAGCCCAGCUGAAUAUGGUACGUAUGGUAAGAGGCUCUGUUUGGGGCCUCGCCUGCCGAUACCCUCCUUUACCCAACACCACAGGCCUCAGCCUAACACCGCUCUCUCCUGGACACACUGAAAACAGGGAUGUCAAUUCCUGAGAUUAAUUUAAAUGUAUUUUCAACAGAAUUUCAAUUGACUGAAUUCAAGAGAAAUUUAAUUCAACACUGACACACAGGUCAAAUUCCAAACUGUUACUUAAUUCCCAACAGUGGUCUAUUCCAAAUUCCGUAACUUCCCUGUUCAUUUGUCCAGGAACGAAGGCCUUUGGGCUGGUGAUGCAGAGUUUGACUGCCCUCUAGUGGUAUGUGUUCGCCAAUACAGGGACUAUAGAAAGCUCACUUGUUGUCCUGAAAACAAACUUGGUGACCCUGCUCACAAGCCUGUGAGCUAUGUAGUGGCUUAAUCUCUACAGUUCAACAGUGACCAGCCAUGGUCAGAGCAGUCCAUUUAUGGAGUCUACUUUAGAAAAUGUUAUCCAAGUCUUGACAUGUAUUGCUCCAACAUAGUUAACAAGAUGGUUGAUUUGUAAAUAAGGUUUUGAGUGGGGGGUGAGUUGUGUGUGUGGAUAUAUCUGUGCAUAUCAUUAUGUUUCUGUGUAAGAGAGGUUGUGUGUGUGUGUACUUUUUUAUAGAUCUGGUCAGAAGUUGUUUAUAGGCUGCAGGCUAUAAAUCUUUCUUCCCUCUGAGCUAGAUAAUUUGGAAGUGUGAGCACAUUUUUUUGAUUUUUUCCCUCUAGAUGCCAGUCUAAUAGAAUUUACUAGCUGGAGGGUGAAGUAGGGUCACACACACAUACAAACGCACAUUCAAGGCCCAUAUUUGCAUGCUCAUGUGCACACAAUCCCAUAGUCACGUGCUCUCUCAAUGCCUCACAAAGCUACGGACGCUCAUGCUCUCACAUACUGUACUCGACGUGGCACACACACACACACACUGUCUCACACACUUAAGACACUGACAUGCUUUCUCGUUGACUCUGUUUGUCUGGGCUUCUGGAGCCAUGGACAGACAGACAAACGUGCACAGAGCCUCUGCCUGUAUGUGUGUGUGUUUUUUAGACCGCAGUGCUAAGUUGAGUUGGGGGCAGGAAUGUAUUUGGGUCUGCUCCAGUGUGCUUCAGGCUUCUGGCUGAGACCAAGACCAGGAGGAAGGGAAGUGAAUGUGUCCUCAGGCCCAGCUCAACCAACUGCUGCUGCUUCCAGUUUGGCAGGAGCUACUGGUCUUGGGGCUGAUGCUCUGGAGGUGUGUAACACUCCCAUACCUCCCCCUCAGCUUCCAUUUUGCCCCCUAGCUAGCUCUUUCUCCCAUUCACUGUUUUAAAACACCUGAAAGGACUGGAUAUGUGUAAGCAGUAUGGUGAUGGCUCCGCCGGCCUAGCUCUUCAAUAGGCAAAGUGACGCAUACGCUUUACUGUUUUCACCUACACAGUCCUACACAGAUUUUCACAGUGGAGGAAGUGGGAACUAGAAGGCUAGAUAGAAGUACCUAUUAGCUGGUGAGGGAUUGAAGUUGAAAAGGGCCUAUGUAGUGCAGUGGUGAAUAUUCCAGAAAUGCCUCUUCAUUUCAUCCCCUCAAACCCACACCCUAGAUUUGACAUGCCUAGUAUGUGGCACCAGUCUAUGAUUUAAUUUGGUGGUGUUGUGACUAGGGCUGUUACGGUGACCGUAUUACCGGCAGCCACGAGUCAUGACCGCAGUCAAAUUCCACGUGAUUGUUGAGUCACGGUAACUAGGCUACUCCAAAACUGCGCACUGAUGGUCAUUAGUAGCCUACCAAACUUGGCUGUGUACUCAGUGCUCUAUUUAAGCAACAAGGCCUGAGAGGGUGUGGUAUAUGGCAAUAUACCACAGCUAAGGCUGUUCUCAGUCACGAUGCAACGCGUGGUACCUGGAUACAACUGUAUAUGGCCAAUAUACUACAGCUGUAUCCAGGUACCACGCGUUGCAUUGUGACUGAGAACAGCCCUUAGCUGUGGUAUAUUGCCAUAUACAGUUGAAGUCGGAAGUUUACAUCCACCUUAGCCAAAUACAUUUAAACUCAGUUUUUCACAAUUCCUGACAUGUAAUCCUAGUAAAAUUCCCUGUCUUAGGUCAUUUAAGAUCACCACUUUAUUUUAAGAAUGUGAAAUGUCAGAAUAAUAUUAGAGUGAUUUAUUUAAGCUUUUAUUUCUUUCAUCACAUUCCCAGUGGGUCAGAAGUUUACAUACUCAAUUAGUAUUUGGUAGCAUUGCCUUUAAAUUGUUUAACUUGGGUUAAACGUUUCGGGUAGCCUUCCACAAGCUUCCCACAAUAAGUUGGGUGAAUUUUGGCCUAUUCCUCCUGACAGAGCUGGUGUAACUGAGUCAGGUUUGUAGGCCUCCUUGCUCGCUCAUGCUUUUUCAGUUCUGCCCACAAAUUUUCUAUAGGAUUGAGGUCAGGGCUUUGUGAUGGCCACUCCAAUACCUUGUCUUUGUUGUCCUUAAGCCAUUUUGCCACAACUUUGGAAGUAUGCUUGGGGUCAUUGUCCAUUUGGAAGACCCAUUUGCGACCAAGCUUUAACUUCCUGACUGAUGUCUUGAGAUGUUGCUUCAAUAUAUCCACAUAAUUUUCCUUCCUCAUGAUGCCAUCUAUUUUGUGAAGUGCACCAGUCCCCCCUGCAGCAAAGCACCCCCACAGCAUGAUGCUGCCACCCCCGUGCUUCAUGGUUGGGAUGGUGUUCUUCGGCUUGCAAGCGUUCCCCUUUUUCCUCCAAACAUAACGAUGGUCAUUAUGACCAAACAGUUAUAUUUUUGUUUCAUCAGACCAGAGGACAUCUCUCCAAAAAGUAUGAUCUUUGUCCCCAUGUGCAGUUGCAAACCGUAGUCUGGCUUUUUUAUGGCAGUUUAGGAGCAGUGGCUUCUUCCUUGCUGAGCGGCAUUUCAGGUUAUGUCGAUAUAGGACUCGAUUUACUGUGGAUAUAGAUACUUUUGUACCUGUUUCCUCCAGCAUUUUCACAAGGUCCUUUGCUGUUGUUCUGGGAUUGAUUUGCACUUUUCGCACCAAGUUACGUUCAUCUCUAGGAGACAGAACGCGUCUCCUUCCUGAGCGGUAUGACGGCUGCAUGGUCCCAUGGUGUUUAUAAUUGUGUACUAUUGUUUGUACAGAUGAACGUGGUACCUUCAGGCAUUUGAAAAUUGCUCCCAAGGAUGAACCAGACUUGUGGAGGUCUACCAUUUUUUUUCUGAGUUCUUGGCUGAUUUAUUUUGAUUUUCCCAUGAUGUCAAGCAAAGAGGCACUGGGUUUGAAGGUAGGCCUUGAAAUACAUCCACAGGUACAUCUCCAAUUGACUCAAAUGAUGUCAAUUAGCCUAUCAGAAGCUUCUAAAGCAUGACAUCAUUUUCUGGAAUUUCCCAAGCUGUUUAAAGGCACAGUCAACUUAGUGUAUGUAAACUUCUGACCCACUGGAAUUGUGAUACAGUGAAUUAUAAGUGAAAUAAUCUGUCUGUAAACAAUUGUUUGAAAAAUUACUUGCGUCAUGCACAAAGUAGAUGUCCUAACCGACUUGCCAAAACUAUAGUUUGUUAACAAGAUAUUUGUGAAGUGGUUGAAAAACACGUUUUAAUUACUCCAACCUAAGUGUAUGUAAACUUAUAAUAAUAAAAAAAUAAUAUGCCAUUUCGCAGACGCUUUUAUCCAAAGCGACUUAGUCAUGCGUGCAUACAUUUUUUUGUGUAUGGGUGGUCCCGGGGAUCGAACCCACUACCUUGGCGUUACAAGCGCCGUGCUCUACCAGCUGAGCUACAGAGGACCACAAACCACAACUGGUACAGUUGAACUUCCGACUUCAACUGUACCACAAACCCCCGAGGUGCCUUACUGCUAUUAUAAACUGGUUACCAACGUAAUUAGAGCAGUAAAGAUAAAUGUUUUGUCAUAACCGUGGUAUACGGUCUUAUAUACCACGGCUGUAAGCCAAUCAGCAUUCAUGGCUUGAACCACCCAGUUUAUAAUGUCCCUCUAAUAUAAUAAUAAUAAUAAUAUGCCAUUUAGCAGAUGCUUUUAUCCAAAGCGACUUACAUGUGUGCAUACAUUUCUACGUAUGGGUGGUCCCGGGGAUCGAACCCACUACCCUGGCGUUACAAGCGCCAUGCUCUACCAAUUGAGCUACAGAGGACCACACUAAUCUAUCUGACAUCAAUGCAAUCAAAUCAAACACUUCCUGAGAGCCCUGGCAUUCAGAGUUUGAGGGGAAUAGGAUCACAUGUUGCGCAGCGUGAGCCAGCUCCUCAUAGCUGGCAUGAAAAUGAACCGUGGGAGAAGCUUCCUCCAUUCGCUAUUCAAGUGCAUAUAGAUGACAUAUAUUUUAUUCCCCCUGCCUCUGUUCUGACCGGUGCAUGAUAAUGGCCCAUUCUAAAUCAACUAAUUUCACACAUAUUAUUUUGUAUAUGUAAAGACAAGAUUAAAUUGAUAAUAGUCUGAUGGGUGAGAAUAUUAUCACUUGUGAAUGAUGCCCAGCAUGUGCAGUCUAAAAGGGCAAGAAACAGCUCAUGACUUUUCCAAAUCAUAGUCCCAUGCAUCGGAGCCUAGCCCAUAGGCCUAUAUGUUUUGAUACGGUUUGCAUCACAGCUAAAGUGGCCAAAUAAUUCCAAACGUAGCCUAUAGGCCUAGGACCCCUGAAACAGGGUUGGAGAGCACAUAGCCUACAGAGCCUAGUGAAACGUGUUCUUAUAAGCCCAGUCAUUGCACAAUCGCGUGUGAAAACUGAGUCUUGACUGGCCACUAUUUAAAAGAGGAUCCCAGGUUUCUCGUGCUGUUAUAUUUAUUGCUCAAUUCUUAAAAUUAAGCACAUUAAUCCGCUUUACAACCGGUGUAGCUUACCUGGCAUAUUAAAAACGUAACCGCAGGAAACGCUUCCUCCAUUUGCUGUUCGAGUGCAGGCUACGGAUGACAUAUAUUAUUUUAGUGGGCCAUUCUCAAUAAAAAAUAAUUCCACCCAUAUUAGGUGCUAUAUGUAAAGACCACAGACCAAGUUGUAACUCUGCAGUGGGGCUACUGAGACUUGCUUCACUCUGAUUUAGGUACUGUCAUCACUGUAGGAAAUGUGGGUAUUGUCUAUUAUUGACCCUCUUGGAGUUGUUCUUUUAGGAAGUCGUAUGGUUGUUGCAUCUUUAUCAGACUCGUCAUAAGGUUGUCAUGGGGUGUGUCACUCUUUAUUCUAGAAGUCACAUGUCAUGAGGUCAGUCUGGCACAUGAUCCUCCUGUUCACUGGUCGGUCAUGUGACAAUGAGACGAGAACUUGGCUUCAGCACCGCACACACACACUCUUAACAAUCUAGCCCUGAUGAGACCGCAACAUGUUUUCUUUUUUUUCUUUAACUAGACUUGAGUCGGGAGACAUGUUUUUUGGGGGGGGACAGCUGCGUUCUGAUUGCAUCUUUCAGUGUGAAAUAAGAUGAGUGUUUGUUUGGGCCCUCUGUUGGUGAACUAGUAGGUUAACUCUGGUGUCAAUACAGCUCUCUGGAGCAUGGUUUGGUUCUGACCUGUUUUUUCACAGCAAAGCUGUAGUGUUGAUGGGAGUAAGAAUCAACCAGGUACCACGGUGGAAAACUGGCAUAAGCAGCACAAUCUGUAGAGCCAUAGAAUACCUGUGAUAGGCCUCCGAUCCAUUAGGUGGCACUGGCAACACCACUGAGCUCAUGGCCAGGUGAAAAACAGUUCCCCCUACCCUCCCAGGCUUUGUGGUGAUGGAAUACGGGUGGGAGGGGGGUAUUUUAGCCCAGAGUGAUUUACUAACCUCCUAGAUGGAAAUCCAGAUCAGUGCCAUUUUUAAACGAGGUCUCUCUCACACAUGCAUGCAUACAGCACUAGUCAAAAGUUUGGACACCUACUCAUUCAAGGUUUUUUCUUUAUUUGUACAAUUUUCUACAUUGUAGAAUAAUAGUGAAGACAUCAAAACUAUGAAAUGACACAUAUGGAAUCAUGUGUUGACUGUGCCUUUAAACAGCUUGGAAAAGUCCAGAAAAUGAUGUCAUGGCUUUAGAAGCUUCUGAUAGGCUAAUUGACAUAAUUUGAGUCAAUUGGAGGUGUACCUGUGGAUGUAUUUCAAGGCCUACCUUCAAACGCAGUGCCUCUUUGCUUGACAUCAUGGGAAAAUCAAAAUAAAUCAGCCAAGACCUAUAGGUUCAUCCUUGGGAGCAAUUUACAAAUGCCUGAAGGUACCACGUUCAUCUGUAUAAACAAUAGUACGCAAAUAUAAACACCAUGGGACCACGCAGCCGUCAUACCGCUCAGGAAGGAGACACGUUCUGUCUCCUAGAGAUGAACGUACUUUGGUGUCAAAGUGCAAAUCAAUCCCAGAACAACAGCAAAGGACCCUUUGAAGAUGCUGGAGGAAACGGGUACAAAAGUAUCUAUCCACAGUAAAACGAGUCCUAUAUCGACAUAACCCGAAAGGCCGCUCUGCAAGGAAGAAGCCACUGCUCCAAAACCGCCAUAAAAAAGCCAGACUACGGUUUGCAACUGCACAUGGGGACAAAGAUCGUACUUUUUUGAGAAAUGUCCUCUGGUCUGAUGAAACAAAAAUAGAACUGUUUGGCCAUAAUGACCAUCAUUAUGUUUGGAGGAAAAAGGGGAACGCUUGCAAGCCGAAGAACACCAUCCCAACCGUGAAGCACGGGGGUGGCAGCAUCAUGCUGUGGGGGUGCUUUGCUGCAGGAGAGACUGGUGCACUUCACAAAAUAGAUUGCAUCAUGAGGAAGGAAAAUUAUGGAUAUAUUGAAGCAACAUCUCAAGACAUCCGUCAGGAAGUUAAAGCUUGGUCGCAAAUGGGUCUUCCAAAUGGACAAUGAAGCUUGUGGAAGGCUACCCGAAACGUUUAACCCAAGUUAAACAAUUUCAAGGCUAUGCUACCAAAUACUGACCCACUGGGAAUGUGAUGAAAGAAAUAAUAGCUGAAAUUAAUCAUUCUCUCUACAAUUUUUCUGACAUUUCACAUUCUCAAAAUAAAGUGGUGAUCCUAACUGACCUAAGACAGGGAAUUUUUACUAGGAUUAAAUGUCAGGAAUUGUGAAACUGAGUUUAAAUGUAUUUGGCUAAGGUGUAUGUAAACUUCUGACUUCAACUGUACAUACACAUUGCUGACAUGGGCUACUUGUGGAUACACUUUGUGAGAGAAAUAGGGAAGGAUGGACCGAGAGCCAGCAAGUGAAUGAGGGAGUAGAGUAGUAAAAAGUAUUUGAGCAGUUUUGAGGGCAUAACCCAGCUGUAGACGGAGAGGAGGAGGACUUCAGAGAAAGGGUUAAGACGAUACCCUCUUCUCCCCCGUGUUCUCCUCUCUCACACUCUCAGGACGCCGUUGAGAUGGGGAACCGUGCCUCUAGGAUGAGCUCCCAACAGUCUGAGGGUAACUAUAUGCUGCUGUCUGGUUAG